CGUGUGCAUCAUUCUCUCUCGGAACCAAAGAGCCAGUUACCGAUUGUACACCCACGGAAUUCGUUCUGAUCAGAUACACAGGCAAUAUGGCGGAGGGAGAUUCAUGGGAUGCUGACACUUUCGAUCCGGACGAGCCCGCAAUCGGGGCCAAGAAGGCUGUUGUGGCAGACAAAUGGGAAGGCGAGGAUGAGGAUGAGGAUAUCAAGGAUAACUGGGAUGAUGAAGAGGAGGAAUUGAAGAACGCAGAAGAGAAAAAAGCAGCUGAGACAAAACUUUCAGAAAAGAAGAAAUUAGCUGAAAAAAUCAAAGAAAGGGAAAGUUUACAAAGAAAAAAACAAGAAGAGUUGAGAAAGAGGUUAGAGGAAUCUAAUGAGACAGAACUCACACCAGAGGAGGAGCUAGCAGAGAAACUACAGGAAGAGGAAACGGAACUAAAACCAGAGGAGGAGCUAGCAGAGAAACUACAGGAAGAGACUGGUCUUCUACUGGCUCAGGAUGCUUUUGAUGUCGUCGACAAUGUAAAAGGAAUUGACGCUGUAAGCCCCUCUUCUAAAGAUGACUUUACAGAUUUUGAAAAGUUGCUAAAAGACAAGAUAACACCUUUUGAGAGUUCCAUACACUAUUCCGGGUUCCUAGAGUCCUUGUUUCGAGACCUCUGUCUCUCAUUGGAGGUAGAAGACUUAAAAAAGGUCAGCAACUCCCUCACAGUAUUACUAAGUGAGAAACAGAAACAGGAAAAGCAGCUGAAUAAAGGAAAGAAGAAAAAGAAAGGCGUGGUUGCUGCCGGAGGGAUGAAGGCCAAGAUGAAGGAUGACCUAGCGGACUACGGCGAGUUCGAUGGAGGUUACGCACAAGACUACGAGGACUUCAUGUGACGUGAUACCAACCGACUGCUGAGUCUCAAACGGCAACCUGUUCAAAGUAGUGCCCUUUAUAUAGGGGACAUCCACUGUCCUUCCCAUUCCCUCUCAAUGACCCCUGACCUAUGACUUAUUCUACUGCUCAAAGCCAUCCAACGAAAACCACCCUUGUGUCGCCCGCUGCACACAAAGAAGAUUCUGAAAGAAGUGUUGAGCGUGUUUGACGAAGAACAUGAACAUCUGAUCUCAAGAGGGUUGUUUCUCCUCGUUAGGAUUCCUUCGACGAUUCCUCGAAACUGACUGACCAAUAAGACAACAAAACUGAUCCUUGAGUUCCCUUCGCUGUAAGAAUGUUCUGAAAUGUUUUACCAGCAUAACUCGUUUUUUCCAAAUCUACAAUGAUUUCAAUUUUAUCUUUAAAAAUAAAAUGUGUCAGGAAAAUGAAUUGUUACUGUUUGACGACUGAAAGUAGAAGGAAAAUAAAUGUGGUGUUCUAUGCAAAUGA